GCCCGCCCGGGGCGGAGCGGAGCGGAGCGGGGCCGGGCUGGGGGCGGAGCGGAGCGCGGCGUGGGGAGCUCGUUAUGUCCAAGCACGUGUUUCUCACGGGACCCCCAGGGGUUGGAAAGACUACUUUGAUCCAGAAAGUCACUCAGGCUCUAAAAUCCUCCAGCAUUCCCAUUGAUGGAUUUUACACACAGGAAGUUAGAGAAGGUGGAAGGAGAACAGGAUUUGAUGUUGUCACUCUGUCUGGAAACCAAGGACCUUUAUCUAGAGUCAGUCCCAGUUCUGAUUCUUCUGCUUCAAGACGUGAAUACCGGGUUGGACAAUAUGUUGUAGACCUUGUUUCAUUUGAGCAGUUGGUUCUACCUACGCUGAGAAAUGUAAACCAUGGUGGUGACGCAGAGAAAAGAAUUUGUGUCAUAGAUGAGAUUGGUAAAAUGGAGCUCUUCAGCCAGGCUUUUAUUCAAGCUGUUCGUCAAACGCUGGCUGGCUCAGGAACCGUGGUGCUUGGAACUAUUCCAAUACCUAAGGGAAAGCCACUGGAUCUUGUUGAAGAAAUAAGAAGUAGGAAAGAUGUUAAAGUGUUCAAUGUUAGUAAGGAAAACAGAAACAGCAUUUUGCAAGACAUCUUGGCAGCUGUGGAAUCCUGCAGAAAAUGAAGACCUCUUCUGUCCUGAAAACACUAAAGCUUUCAUUUCAACAAAACAUUACAACAUUUCAUGGAUGUUUUAGAGUCUGUCCUUCCUACCUUUGCCCCCUCAAGGCUUUACUGGGGCCUUCAGGGUAAGCAGGGUAAAACUGGUAAUACUCUAAAAUGGGAUGGUAGGAUUGUAAUUUAUUCAGUUCACUGAAUUGGAAAAAAAUUGAACAGAUGUGUAGCUAACAUCCAGUUUUAAUCUGGGUGUUUGGAAGUUAGGUGGUCAACUCUGAUCCAAGUUACCUCAUGUGAAAACAGCUAACUGUAAAAUCUGCUCAGAUCUUAGUCUUUCUGAGCAUGUUCAGAUCAAUUCAAUAUCUGCCUACAAAUCAAUUCAAUAUCUGCAACAUAGCCCUGGUGCAACAGAACAGAACCCUGUCCAAAAUGUAGAUGAGUCCUGCCUGGUUUAUGCAGGAGUGUAGCUGUUGGUGACCCAGCUUAGGUGUAUUCAGGUGUGUUUUAGCACGGGUGCUGACAAAUCAGCAGGUAGAGGGAAUAAGCAGAUGUGCUCUCUCCUCCUACCCCCAGGCAGCCCUGUCUGCAGUUGCAGUAUCAGCAGGGUUAUCCAGAGUUUCAAGGAAACUUCCUGUAGUCACAAAUGACAUUUACAAAUUCUAUUUUGUGAAGAAAAAUAGCCAAAUCUACCCUCUCUUACUAAUUGAUAAGAGGACUGCAUUUUGAAUUAAUUUUCAAUUUUCUGGUGGCCAUCUUGUCCCACACCCCUUUACAAACAAUAUAUAUAAAAAUCUUCAAGUCCAUGAGUUUAAUCAAAUCUUGUGUUUUUCAUGCUGAGUUUAAGUCAUGAUUGACUUAAUACGCAUUUGUCUGUUAAUUUUACAAUCUGUUAUGUUUAUUGAUACUUAUGUUUGUUUGGGUUUUUCUGCCUUAUUCAAUUCUGUACAUGCUUAAUGGUGAAAUAAUAAGUGUUUGAGAAUGUUAGACAAUGUGUUCCCAUGUGAGGAGUUCAAAUGUAUUCAGCCAAAGUGCUGCCAGUUAAUCAGUUUUGCAUGUUUGAAAACAGAAUUCCCUCCCAGGUGCACACUGUUCGUUGUAAAAUUUAUGGUCAUCUCUAGCUGAGAAAGUUGUUAAAAAUUCAGUUGUUUCUUAACUUUUUCUGUUCAGUUCAAUAACUGUUAAUUUGAGCAAACUAUUUAAAGGCA